CGGCAAGACAAGGAACACGUUUGUGAAUACCUCAACUGGCUCAACGGCUACGCUCGCAACGCCGGUGUGCAAUUUGAAAACGGUGGUCGUGACAUGAAGGACCACGUGGACCACUUCUUGGUCACGUGUGACGACCGAAACUUAGAAGACCGUCUGUGCCACGUCCGGGUCAAGAGCAUCCAUGACCUCGAAGACAUGAUCAACGACAUCCUGCGUCACCGUGACCGCAAAUCGAACCGAGAAUUGUCGUUCCGCCGCUCUCGGAGUCAAGAUGAUGGACGUCGACGCGAUGCGAGGUCGAACGAGGAUUCUCGGGGUGGCUACCGCCGCGAACGACGCUACCACGACGAAGACCGUCGCGAACGACGUCGCCGUGACAACGACCGCUGCAACGACCGCAGUGAAGACGACCGUCGCCGUGACCGACGCGAUGAAUCGCCGUACCAGUCCCGAGUCACUUUGGUUGACGCGCUGGCCGAUGUGAUGACGGAAUGGAACGUCGGAGGCUCGGUCGGUGCACGCAACGAGGCUCCAUACGCCCCCCGACGUGAUGCUGAGACGAACGAGGAUUACUUCGAGGAUGAGCGCCAAUACUCGGACGACCAACGCUCGGACGAGGAUUCAGACGCUGAUUACGACUCGGAUGGGUCUACCGGACAUGUCGCUGCUGCUAACGAUGCUGAGCGCAGGGCCGCAGCCGAAGGAACGUUCGCUCGGUCUGAUAACCGACGCUUCAGGAACGAAGGAGGCCCGUCCAACCGUGAACGAGAUGGUCGACGCCAGUAUGGGCCGUGUGCCGCGUGCGGAAGCCCGUCCCACUCGGUGCACUUCUGCUACCGGCGGUGCAAACAGGUGCACGACGCUGGGAAGUGUGAAGCACUCCACGAGCUCACCAAGCUCCUGAAGUCCAAGGUCGACAAGAAGGAUCUGUCGCCAGAGCUGCAAAGCCUGGUGUAUGGAAGCCAUUUAAACUAG